UUACCUUUCUUCUGCUUGCUCCAUUGACAACCGUCAUGCUCGAGAGUUACUCAAAGCAUGCUACACUCAUUAAUAACUGUUAUCCAGUAAAAGAGGGAGAGGCGAAACCAAAGUCUUCGGAGCUUAGCUAUCUCGUAUUUUAUGCUAGUUCGAGGCCUGUUAAACUGACCAAAGUGGGUUUAUUCUUGGAAAAAAAAGUCAAGUAUGAUGUUUAUAAAGGCAGACAUCAGAGCAAUAAGAUUUCAUUAGAAAUCAUCAAAGCUUUGAUUGAAGCUUGUCAUCGAGAUUUGAAUUUGUUCUCGAAAAAUGUAGUGAAAAUUAUUGAUAUGGUUUUGGAUACAAAAGAUAUCAGCAUGAUUGAUUCAGCAUGCCAAGUGUUUGUUGUAUUUACAAAAUAUCAUGAGGGAUCAACUUUAGGUGUAGAUUCAGAACUUACAAAAGACUAUGAAUUAUUGUUAAAGAAAUUUGCAGAUUUCUGUAACUAUCGAAGUACGGAUGAUACCCUAACAUUAAAAAUGAGAUAUAUUGGUCAAAGAGGGUUACAAGCAGCAGCAAGGUCAAGUGCCUUACAAGCUUCUAAUUACAAGUCUCAAGUUGAACUUAUCAUAUCACCGCUGAUCAAUACAUUAUCCACCUCCAAAAAUCCUGCCAAUGCCUUAGCACAAAGUCCAGACGAAGAUAUGGAUAAUCAACAAUCAGCCACGCAGAAUGAAACUCUCAAUGUGCAUUCCGUUGAUAUUCUAGCUGCUAAAACAACAUCACUGCUACUCAAGAGGUCCAAUGCUGUAGGUGUGAAACUGGUGUUAGGUCCUUUAUUCGCAUUUAUGGAUUCACACAAAUUAUGGUGGCCACCUCAAUUUGGUGUAUCCAUGAUGGAAUUAGCUCUGGAUUCACUGCAGCCUCAAUAUCGCUAUUUACUUAUUUCAGAAGUGCUUCAGCAAUUAGAACUACUGAGUCACAAUAACAAGAUGACGGUCGACGUAAACAAGUUUGCCUGCUUAGUGUCCAUGCUGGAUACCAUGUUGAAUGCCAAUGUACCUUUAGUGGGCGUAUCAGUAUUGGAAGUAUUGAACUCUUUGUUCAACUAUUUAGUAAGAUCUGUAAAGGAUUUCAAGGCAUUCACAUUGGUAGAAACCAACAACAUCAACAAUAGGGAAGCUACAUCGAUGGAGUUUACCAUCCAGAAUGGCCUUGUUCACAGUAUUGGUGGUUUAGCUUCUCAGACUUACUAUCUCAAUCAGUUGAAUGAUAUUGCAGGUUACGUUAUCAGCAAGAUGAAAGUGGGCCAUCACCAUCCAAAGGAUUCGACCCAAACAGCAGAAGAAGAAAGCGACGGCGCAAUGGAUGGAUUGCCGGCUCAAGAAUAUCGAAGUAUUGCUCUACACUGCUUAAAUGCUGUCAUCACGACUUCUUCUUCCACCAACGAAUCAGAAGGCAAUGAUGAUGAGUAUGGAAAGAGUAGCACGAUGAUAGAACCUACAGCUCCUGUCUUUAGCAACAUCAUAUCUUUAGAUGCUUGGUUCUCUGCUUUGGGUUUAUUGACAGACCCAUGUCAAGAAACAAGAGUUGAAUUCGCAAACACACUUGUUCAUUAUUUUGAAUCGACUUGUGCUGAAGAAGAAGCAACCAUUGAUAUUUAUCCCAAGCACACGAUGAAUCAGCAUGGUGAUGUCAUGCUCGUCAAUGCCCUGCAUCAAGCCAUUGUCGACUGGGUUCAGUUACCCAAUAUAAAAGCGGAGGACAUUCAUGCUAUGUAUCACAUCUUGACGGCACUCACUAAGAAAUUCGGUGCUGAUGAGACAAUCAAAGCUGUGCCUCUCAUCUUCAAAGUGCAAGAUUUGGUACAAUUUUCCACUACAUCCAUCCAGGGAACUGCACGUCAGAACGCUAUUGCUGCUCUGGUAAUCGAGUGGCUCAUGAUGACAGGUCGCUUUUAUAGAAUUGACAGUUUAAUACAUUAUGCUGACGAAUUAAGAGAGGGACGUAUCCAGUCGAAUCAGUACUCAGCUAUCUUUAUGGACUCUAAUAGCACCCGAUGGGAUAAUAAUCAGCCUACCACUACUAUGACAACGAGUAGCAGUAGUAGUGUUCAUUCGAAGAACGAUGUAGCAAGUAUAGACAAGUUGGAUAGCAGCAUUAUCAACCGAGAAACUAGUUUAGAAGCAGAUACGAUUAAUAUCAUUCCAGUAGAUAAGUUCGUUGACCGUCCUACUGUAAUAGAUAUAUUAUCAAAAGAUGGGCCUUUAAGAGAUGAAGAAGAUACAGAAGGCACAGAAUUGGAAAAUAAACUAAAGGCAAUUUGGGGAAACGAAAGCCACAUAGCUUUAUCAGCAACAGUAACAACAGCAGCAGGCCAUCAUGAUCGUUCUUUUAGAAUUAGGACUUCUCGUAAUUUGAGUGAUUUGAAAGCUAAAUUAGCGACGUCUUGGGCACUGUCAGACGUGAGUCAUAUUGACCCAGAUACGAACAAAAAACAAAUGAUUCGUGUUGAAAAUUUAAAAGAAGCUUUGAAUGGAGGAUUGCUAGCAGCAGCAUCCGCAGCAUCCGCAGCAACAGCAAAUAAUACCACUGGCAUUGCUUUCACUAAUAAAGCCGAUGAAUUGCCUUCUGAUAUCAAUACAUUACUCCAAGCACUCUCACAACAAGGCAGUACAAAUAGCCCACCUUUGUAAGUUAUCAUUUUGAGUCGAAUAAACCAUUCGAAAGGCAGAGAAUGCUAAUUCUAUUCAAACUUUGUUUUCUAUUAAUAGUACAACUACAUCUUUAAUCAACCCUCCUUACAAGAUCUAGAUCCAUUCUUUUACCGAAAUCAUAACAUAUUAUCCUACCUCUUAAUAAACGCUCUCAUACUCAUUACUCUGA